AGAAGAGACAGAGAAAAAAGAAGAAGAAGAAAAUCAUCAUCAUGGCCAGGCCAUAUCAACGGUAUCGAGGCGUCCGGCAAAGGCAGUGGGGGUCAUGGGUGUCCGAAAUCCGCCAUCCAUUAUUGAAAACCAGAAUUUGGCUAGGCACAUUCGAGACAGCCGAAGACGCUGCCAGAGCUUACGAUGAAGCGGCGAGAUUGAUGUGUGGACAAUGGGCCAAGACCAAUUUCCCUUGUAAUCCUUGUCCAUCCUCUUCUUCUUCCAAGUUCUUAUCAGCGGCCCUAAUGGCGAAAUUGCAUCGAUGUCACUUGGCAUCUCUCCAGCUAUGUGGAACCAUUGUUAAAGGGCCUGCGAUCCCAACGAUAAAAAAUGAUGGCUACAAUUCAAGAUCUAAUGACAUUGGAGUGGGCCCAAAGAAGCUGAUGGAACGAUCACGAUCACCGGAGACUAAGUGGGCCAUGAAAGGUCAGUUGGAGAAGGACAACCAACAGCAAUUUAAUCUCAUGGAGGAUGAUCACAUAGAACAGAUGAUUGAGGAGCUGUUUGAUUCUUGUUUUGUAGAGAUACAAGCUCCUGCUUUCUAGUCAUGGUUCGUGUCUUGGUACCUGUUUUAAUUAGUGGACAGCAGUAGGCUGGCAGGAGAAUUAUCAAUCGUGUCCAUCUAUCGACUGGGCCCUAAUAAAGAUGGGUUA